AUGGAGCAAACGGAAUCUAUAGAGACAACGGAAUAUUACAAGGUCCAAUUGCUAACUAAAAUGCAGUCCAGUAACGAAGACAUAAAAGAAUCAUACAGAAAGCUUUCAAGACUCUUUCACCCGGACAGACAAAGUUCCGAAAACAAACCUAUUGCAGAGAAAAAGUUUCAACAAAUCCAAAAAGCUUAUGAAUGUCUCUCGGAUCCAAAGAAGCGAACGAUAUAUGAUCAUUUUGGCGAAGAGGGCCUUAAAGUCAAGUGGGAUGUCGGCGUUCGCUGUAAAAGCCCCAAGGAAUUUGAAGAAAUGAUUCGGCAACAGCUUAAUGAAAAACAAAGUGUUGAACUAGAGAACAUGGUGAAGAGCAGAAGUGAAAGUACACUUGUUUUGAAUGCAAUGCCCUUGUUUAAGCCUCCUCUUAAAAUUGAUAAUCCCCUUCGGCCAGGUGUUCCUUCGUACAAAGGCUCAUUUUUUUCAAGAUUUAAUAUGAUUCACUGGCUAUCCUUCCAGGCAAAACAUUCGUUUCAUGUACCUAUUCAUUCCCUUGAUUCUUUACUCUCGGGUGUUGACGAAACUCUUGAAACAAAAGAAAAAAACGGAACAUCACUUGUCUUUCUUAGUAACGUUUCAGUGCGUCCACGCGAAAAGGCAACACCGUCUUUUUAUUCGAUUAUAAAACAUCAAUUGUCUCCGACUGUCAACCUGGAAGCUGGAACUUCUUUACUUCGACCUUAUAAUGUUUUCGCUAAGGCGACAUGCGUUCUCGACGACAAGAGCGUUUUUGUGCCUCAUGUACAGUUAUUGGGGUUAAGCCGCCCUCCACAAGCUUCCUUUCACUUUGUUCGCCAACUAACCCCCCUUGGUUCAAUGUCAGUUCGUUAUAAAACUGGUGCUCUAGCUCUUGGUCCUUGGGAAAAUGAAGGAUUUUUAGGCGACCGCAGUAUGUUCUCUUUGGGCUGGCAGCAGCUUCGUGUACCUUCUAGUGAACAAGGGCCCGAACUUGCUUGGAAUGCUGAUGUUACUGCUGGGUUAAUGAUGUCUGGAAUCAACCUAAAUUACAAUUUUGGUUUGGGUGAGAAGGAAAAGAGAAUUGCAUGUAGAAUUGGUACUUCAUUAUCAACUGCCAGCGGGAUGCAGUUUUCCGUUGACGGCUCUAAGCAAGUAGCUAAACACACUACUAUUGGUGCUGGCGCCAUUUUUGGAAUUACGACAAGCUCCUUGACACUCAACUUAAGGUUCGUGUUCUUAGUCAUUGCUCUAAUACUAACUUUGUUCAGUUGGUCUAGAUUGGGUCAGACAAUCUCCAUUCCUAUUUUAUGGUGCGAUUCCAUGACCAAAUCUUCCCUGUUUUGGGGUAUAGCAUUUCCGUUAAGUACCGUCUUGGGCCUGGAACAUUUUGUUUUAUCGCCUCGUCGUAAACGGAUUGCUAAGCGUCAACGCCUGCAGCAACUUCAAGAAUAUAAAGAUGUAUAUGAAUCUAAGAAAACCGCUGCACUGGAAGAACAGGUCUUGUUGAAACCAUUGGCUCUAAAAAAAAUUGACCAAGAAGUCGCUAAAGCUGGCCUUGUCAUUCUGAAGGCAGAGUACCGGACGGUUUCAAAAAAUUCAUUAUUAACACAAGACGUCAAACUUGUAUUAAGUGCGUUGAUAGAGGAUUCGCGACUUGUUAUUCCUUCAGGAUCUUCAAAGGUACGGGUUAAUAGAAUGGUUCGUCAGCUAAUAAAACAGACUGACUUGUUGGGCAUCUAUCCUCUCUUCUCUGAUGAUCCAAAAGAAUUAGAAAUUACUUACACCUUCCAUGAGAAGAUGCACAAAGUCAUCCUUACAGAUAAACAAGGAGCAACGCUGCCAUCUCGAGGUAUGUUUCAUAACAUUGACAUUAAAGGAUUCUGGCAUGACUAA